CGGCAGGAAAAUCCAAAACAGCUGGUUCCUGCUUCCUGCAAUCCGCAGGGACACGCGAUACGCUUAUCAUUAAUUAACUAGAGAUUAAGUUAGUAAACAAACAAUUGUGAGUGUCAAUUACACGCGUUUCAUUUGCUAUCUUUAAGUGUUUCUGCUCCGCCUUCAGACAUCGCUAAUGACGCGAUCAAAGUUCAACCAGUUUUAUAAAAGUUGAUGCUCAACGUCAUAGUUUAUAACGAAAGUUGUCCUAGUGAAUGCUAGUCGCCGUCUAGUCACCAACGUGUGUAAAUCAGUGCCCAGGAGAGAACCAUGGCGGACGGACCACUUGAGUAUUUCCUCUGCGGAGGUUUCGGUGGAAUAUGCACCGUUAUCGUAGGACAUCCAUUUGAUACCCUUAAGGUCAGAUUACAAACCAUGCCAAUUCCUGCCCCAGGCCAACCACCCCUCUAUACAGGGAUGGUGGACUGUGUAAAGAAGACAAUUACCAAGGAAGGUCCUCGAGGAUUGUACAAAGGAAUGGGUGCACCUUUAGCUGGCGUAGCGCCGAUUUUUGCCAUCUCUUUCAUGGGUUUCAAAGUAGGUAAACAGAUUCUAGGUCCAGCAGAUCCCACAAAAUUCACCUACAUGGACUAUUUUGCGGCUGGAGCAUUCUCUGGUAUCUUCACAACAUUAAUUAUGGCGCCAGGUGAACGUAUUAAGUGCCUUUUGCAAAUCCAGCAUGAUGCAAAGGUGAAAAAGUAUGAUGGACCUGUAGAUGUGGUCAAAAAACUGUACAAAGAGGGUGGAAUGAGGAGUAUCUAUCGAGGAUCAGGGGCAACACUUCUUAGAGAUGUUCCCGCUAGCGGACUGUACUUCCUCACAUACGAAGCGAUCAAAGAUUAUUUAACCGAUAAUGGGAAAAAGGACAUCACAUUCCACGGCACGUUAUUCGCCGGUGGCAUGGCUGGUAUUUCCAAUUGGUUGAUCGGUAUGCCUUCAGACGUGUUAAAAAGUCGUUUACAAACAGCUCCUGAAGGAACUUAUCCAAAUGGUGUCCGUGAUGCUUUCAAACAUCUUAUGAAAACCGAAGGUCCACUAGCCCUGUACAAAGGAAUCGUCCCGGUUUUAUUACGUGCAUUUCCGGCGAAUGCCGCUUGUUUCGCUGGCUUCGAGCUGUGCAAAAAACUCAUUUUAAAGAUUAAGGGAAACCCAAGCGUACCUGAAGCCGAAGUUCUUUGAUAACUAUUAUGAUAAAAAAGUAAACGCAGGCACAAUAAGUAGGAAGACAAUUUUGUAUAUUCUGUUUUCAUAUAAAUUCAUAUAUAAAAUUGUUAUCAGACCAAAGGCACACGCAACAGAUAAGUUUCCACUUGUUAUUUUAUAAAUAUUAAUACUUGAUUGGUGUGA